UUCCACGAAAGAAUCUGGAUGUUAUGAAGGAGGCAAUGGUUCAGGCAGAGGAAGCGGCUGCUGAGAUUACUAGGAAGCUGGAGAAACAGGAGAAGAAACGCUUGAAGAAGGAAAAGAAAAGGCUGGCUGCGAUUGCCCUGGCGUCUUCAGAAAACAGCAGUAGUACCCCAGAGGAAUGUGAGGAGACAAGUGAAAGACCCAAAAAGAAGAAAAAGCAAAAGCCCCAGGAGGCUCCUCAGGAGAAUGGAAUGGAAGACCCAUCUGUCUCCUCCAAACCCAAAAAAAAGAAAUCUUUUUCCAAGGAGGAGCUGGUUAGGAGUGAUCUUGAAGAGACAGCUGGCAGUGGAAGUCUUCCCAAGAGGAAGAAAUCUUUCCCCAAAGAGGAACCAGAUAGUGACCCUGAGGAGUCAGGAAACAAGAGGGUCCCCAAGAAAAAGAGGAAAUUCUCUUCCAAGGAGGAGCCUCUCAGCAGUGGACCUGAAGAGGCUGCUGCCAGCAAGAGCAGCAGCUCCAAGAAAAAGAAAAAAGCUCCGAAAGCUAUCCCAGGAAAAUUAGAAUGGACAUUUCCCUAG